CGUCGUUGUGUUUCAUUAUUCGUUUUCUUAGGUUGAGCAAUUUACAUUUACACAUUCCAGGGAUUACCACCAUUGGCAUUCUUUCUGUCUGAGAACACUUUUUUCUGUAAAAGAACGGGAUUGAAAUAGAGGAGAUUUAAUUAAAGAAAAAGAGUUUAAGUUAAAGCAUCCGGACAUUGCUGGAAAACGUUUCUAUGAAAAAGAAUUGAGCCAUUGCGCAAGUCUACACAUCGUAUUUUCAUGAAGAGUUAAGCGAAGUACUACUUUUUUUGUAUUUAUUCAGAAAAAACAACUCAUUUGAUAAGUCUGGCGAUAUUCUCAUUUCAGUACUUCGUCUGUAUCACGAAGAAUUCAAAUUACAUACCAAAUUCAGGACAUCAGCGACUGUUUACAACUUGAUUUAACUACUUUUUAACCAAGAAAGUGCCGGUUUUAGCUUAACUGUUUGGAUCUAUCCUUUUCUAAUAUUCCUUUUCGAUUUUUUUGCUGCUUUGAAUGAAAGAAUUCUCAUCAUGAAAGGAUGGACUAAAAGCUGGUUUGGAUUAUCAAAGAAAGCAACUUCGAAUCAGAAUUCGGCUGUGCCAAAUCCUGAAUACAGCAGAAGUCCCUUGACGGCCAAAACGAACCAUCCACUAGACGGAAACUAUGGAGCGAAGAAGGAUGUAUCUUCGAAGGGCGCAUUUAAAGAUAUGGAAAUGAGUUCCGCUAUUCCGGAUGCAAACGAAGAUAUUUUGAUGUCAGGUGGACCCUCCACAGUUGAUAGAGAAGCGUUAAAUUCCCCAAGUGGUAAAAAUUCCGACAUUCUUCCUGAAGUCGACCACGAGCCUUCGGGUUAUUUGAAAUUGAAAAUCGAUUCGUUAAAGUUGGAAGGAAACCAUACUGAUGCAGCUAUGGCAAUGGAAUGUACUUCCUUUAAGCAAUUAUUCCUUGUCAUCCAAUUUGGAACUUCUGAAUAUGUAUCUCCCCCAUUGAAAUGGAAAUCCUCAACUCGCGAUACCGCAAUUUCAAUCCCUUCUCGAGACUCCUCAGCAGCUGCGAGCCGAGCUUCUUCCAUGUUAAGCAAUUUCACCUUUAAUACUUCAACUAUGAGUUAUUGUCCUACAUCUUCUACUCCAAAUCCAUCGGCACCAUCUCAUGUGGUUUUCGAUGUUGCAAAGCGCUUACCGGUAGAACUAAAUAUCUAUGAUCAUUCACGUGGAAAUUGCUUUGUUGGCAAGACUGUGAUUCAUCCCUGUUAUGAUUAUAAUCAAUACGAGCAAUACAGUAACCGUGUAGAAGUUUCUUCUGCAUAUGCUCAAUUAGUUGACUUGCGUGUGCAGUUAAGUUCCGUCUUUCAGCCUCUAAAUAAAAAGUCAUAUGGCCCAGAAGAUUUCGAACCGCUUAAACUGAUUGGAAAGGGAACCUUUGGACAAGUUUAUUUGGUGAGGAAAAAAGAUACUCGUCGCGUUUAUGCCAUGAAGAUUUUGUCGAAAAAAGUUAUCGUUCGGCGUAAAGAAGUUACACAUACUAUAGGUGAACGAGAUAUCCUUGUUCAGACAGCAGCAGCGGACUCACCGUUUAUAGUGGCACUUCGAUUUUCUUUUCAAACACCUAAAGACCUCUACCUUGUAACUGACUACAUGGCUGGUGGAGAAUUAUUUUGGCAUCUUCAAAAAUCUAUCCGUUUUCCAGAAGCUCGUGCCAAAUUUUAUAUCGCCGAAUUAUUAUUAGCAUUGCAAGCACUACACAAACGUGGUAUUGUGUACAGAGACUUAAAGCCGGAGAAUAUACUUUUAGAUGUUCAAGGACAUAUUGCGCUUUGCGAUUUCGGCUUGUCGAAAGCUAAUUUGUCGGUGGGAUCAACGACGAGAACCUUUUGUGGUACUACAGAUUAUCUAGCUCCUGAAGUAAUUCUAGACGAAGGUGGUUAUGAUAUGAUGGUAGAUUUUUGGUCUUUAGGUGUUUUGCUAUAUGAAAUGACAUGCGGAUGGAGUCCAUUUUAUGCUGAGAACACUCAACAACUGUAUAAAAACAUUGUCUUUGGAAAAGUUCGGUUUCCUCGUGGAUUACUUUCAGCUGAAGCAAGAGACCUAAUAAAGCUAUUGUUAAACCGCAAUGCUAAGAACAGGCUUGGAGCUCAUGGCGAUGCUGAAGAAGUGAAAAGACAUUCAUUUUUUGCUGAUAUAAACUGGGAAGAACUGAGCGCUAAACGAUUUAGCCCUCCUUUUAAGCCUAUCGUGGAAGGAGAAUUUGAUGUUUCGAACUUUGACGUUGAAUUUACAAACAAAGAAGUGCCUAAUGAUUUUGUCCCUGUCGGUGACAUGUCUACGUCCGCUCCUCUCUCUUCCACAGUUCAAAAUGGCUUUAAAGGCUUUACUUAUGUUGAUAGCAGUCAAAUGGAUGAAGCUUAUAAUACAGAGCCAGGAUCUCCAACUUCUUCAGUGUCUUCGUUUCAUGAUGAUUACCAUAACCAAGAUUUCAACCGUACCAACGACGAUUUCUUUAUGGACCACAUUGAUCCAUAGACCAAGACAUAGAUUGCAUUAUGUGCUUGUAUAAUAACUCGUUGUACUUUUCGCUUUUUGUCAUUAUCAUUGAAAUUACAUCUGCAUGUUUGGGGGUUUAAGAGUUUAAGUUAUUCUUUUUCGUUGAUAUAUGCGGCUUGUUUGAUAGAACAAGGAUUAUGAAAUAGGGGAAGUCAAAAAUUGAGCUGGCUCUUUUUUGACUUUACCGCUAGGAAGAUAAUAUUUAUAAUUUUGCUUUUCUGGAUCCAGUGACAAUUGUUUAAUUCCUUUGUAAUUAAUUCUGGGUCCUUUAUCGCUUGCAACCUUUGGUUUUGCUUAUUCUGGUUCAUUUACUUUAUUGAGGAAGUAAUAUAUCUUUUUUCGAAUCUAAAUGGAUUUGACGGUAGAAUAUAGGAAGUAGAAGUUAGCGAUUAAGAAAUUAAUCAGUACUAUGAUUCUAACAAUUAUUAAUCGUAUUCUACCCUUUUGUAGGGCUUAAUUCUUUUUGUUUACUUUCCAAUCCAUUGUCAGAAAUUAC